GAAGAAGGUAUUCUCGUUGCGUUUCUUUCUCUGUCCUUUUUCUCUCCGCUUAAAAACAGAGCAACCCUUCGCCGGAAAAGCAUACAGGAACAACCGCCAUGGGUUAAGCCGAAGCUUCUCCGACCACCAUGGCUCCGGUUCUUCUACGGAGUCUUGCCUCUUCUCUCUUCGUCUGUGCCGAUAAAUCCUUCAUCAAUUUGUCUAAGAAAUACAAACUCCUCGAGAUUAUUCACACCCUAUUAGUCUCCUUCUUCCUCUUUUUCCUCCGUUUGCUUCCUUCCUUUUUCUCUUCAAUCCACCUGGUUCCCGGCGAUCGAUUCCCUCUAAAACCCUCAAAAAGUGUGUGUUACGGUGGCGGCGGAAACGGAAGCGGAGGCGGCGAUUUAGGGAUUUCUCGAGCCCUAACGCAAUUGUUGUCGAUUAUCAGUCAAAUUCCAGUCAGUUCUCGCAAGUACGAAGUGGUUCGAUCGUUAGCGGAGAAGUUAAUCGACGAGAAUCACUGGGAAGGGAUUGAGGAACUUCGUGAUGUCAAUCGUGCGGUUCUUUCCACGGCCUUCGAUCGGACAAUUGGCCAGAUUGAAGCUCGGAUGCUAGACUUAGGGUUUCUUCAGGACGAUGACGUUGAAGGCGGUGGUGGCGGGUCCGUGAAUGGACCGGCGGAGUUCCGGUUAGGUCAGAUUGUGAGGGCGGUUCGGUUGUUGGGAGAGUCCGCUUAUAGCCGGCUCGGUAGGGUAAAGGAGGCGGCAAACCAGACCAGAAUAUCGGCGGAGAAAUUGGCGGCGGAGGCGCUGUGGUUAGCGGAAAAAAUGGCGAGUUGCGGUUGUCGGAGUGAGGCUUGUAGGCGGUGGGCUUCGGCGGGUCAAUUGGGAAGACUCUCUCUCGCGGCGGAGCCGCGACUGCAGGGCUCAUUAGUUAAACUCGCAGCAUUCAUGUUCAAGCAAUGCCGAGAAAUGGGAAAGGAAGAAGAAGCAGAGAGUGAGAGACGGCGGCGGCAGAUGCAAACCAAGCUGAAGAUGCUGAAUUCAUGGCUUCCAUUGCUAUGCAGAGGCAUCAAUGGGACUGAUGCGCCCAUCCUAAGCAUCGGGGAACGCCGAGAGUUGGAGUCGGCGUUGGAGGAGAUGAUAGCCACACUGCAACAAGACGAUCAAGAACAAGUCUUGGCUCUGUGGCUCCACCAUUUCACUUACUCCUCCUCCUCCGACUGGCCCGACCUCCAUGCCUCCUAUGCUCGCUGGUACACCGCCUCUCGCAAGCUCUUCGUCCACCGACAUCACUAAUCUAACCUUCCCAUUAGUACUUCUUAGCUCAAUUGGUUAAGACAUAUAUUCUUUCUAAAAAAAAAUUAUUCUUAUUGCUUGAUUGAAGUUAUUGAAGUUAUGAAAAUGUUUUCCGACA